AUGAGUGACGCAUUUGAUGGGAGAUUGACUGUCCAUAACAAAGUGGAAAGUGGAUAUACCACCAACAUGAUUGGGAAGCUGGACUACAUAUCUGGCAGUCAUUCUGUGAGCAAUCGCGUGGAGGCCUGGACACGAGAUGCUGGGCUUCUUUUAAGUCAAGAGGGCCGUCCUGUCAUCGAUCUAGUUGGCAACAUCUGGAGGCUCUACUUUCCGCACAUCACCAUUCUGGUUAAAGAAGGUGUCGUCUGA